UGGGAGGUACGCAGGCGAGAGCGCCAAUUUUAGGGACACUGGUGACUGUGGUUUGUCCCAAUUGUGCAACCGUCAACGAACACCCCUCGAGAACGACAACCAAACUCACCAAAAUGGCAUCAACAUCCUCUCUGGUGCCCGAUUUGAACGGUGAGUUGCGAUUUUCAUCUUCCAUUGACUAUGCGGGUGUAUUCUUGCGCUCUUUACCAACUUGCAAGUUCACUAGGCACUGGGAGCGCAAUCCAUAGCGCUGGCUCCGUCACGGACCAGGGCUUCGCUUCGAAGGGGCAGAGUCGUCAACCAUCCGAAGACCAAGCCGCCCAGACCGCCGACGCGAUGAAGAUAGCACAUGACCUGCAAAGUGCCACUAAAUCCAAUUUUCAGUCCGAUAAUUCAAUAAACUCGAACAAUGAGAAAGGAAAUCCUGAAAAUCGAAAGCAAAUCAACCACGACUUGUCGAAUGGCGUCGGUGAGCCUGCCGGGCGGCCCUCCGGUCCAGUUUUCAAGGUCCGAUGGGGACGCUGUCCCCGGACAGCUCGCGAAACCAAAGUCCCGAGACGGACAUCGCCAACCAAAUGCUCGAGAUGCAAGAAAGUCGUGGAUGAUGGGGGCCCGUACAAGAAGUUUUUGCUCUGUACGAAAUGCUUCUGCAAAAGGGUAACGGACUUGGCGGACGAAGAUGGCUGGACACCGGAGGAAGCUGCGGAGUUCAUCCGGAUUGCUAAUUUGGGGGUUUAACGGGUUGGGGAGGCGUUUUUCUUUUGUGAUGGAGUUCCGGCUUGAUAAUGUAAUAGAUUUAGUGGC